ACAGGUGUAGAAUUGGAAAAUGGUACCUGCAGUCAUCCUUUAAUUCCUGAUAAAGUCUCUCCUCUUUUACCUGCAAGUCAUGUGACCAUGUCAAAGGGAACAGGAUUGGUUCACACAGCCCCAGCUCAUGGUAUGGAAGAUUACAGUGUAGCGUCUCAACACAACCUGCCUGUGGACUGUUUAGUGGAUGAAGCUGGAAUUUUCACAGAUGUUGCAGGUCCUGAACUUCAAAACAAGGCUGUCCUUGAAGAGGGGACUGAUGUGGUUAUAAAGAUGCUUCAGACUGCAAAGAAUUUGUUAAAAGUGGAAAAAUUGGUACACAGCUAUCCCUAUGACUGGAGGACUAAGAAACCAGUGGUUAUUCGAGCCAGCAAACAGUGGUUUGUAAAUAUCACGGAUAUUAAGACCACAGCCAAGGAAUUGCUAAAAAAGGUGAAAUUUAUUCCUGGAUCAGCACUGAAUGCCAUGGCUGAAACAUUGGACAGGCGGCCGUAUUGGUGUAUAUCAAGGCAGAGAGUUUGGGGUGUUCCAAUUCCUGUGUUUCAUCAUAAGACAAAAGAUGAAUACUUGAUCAACAGCCAAACCAUUGAGCAUAUUACUAAACUAGUGGAAAAACAUGGCAGUGAUAUUUGGUGGACUCUUCCCCCUGAGCAACUUCUUCCAAAAGAAGUCUUAUCUCAGGUUGGUGGUCCUGAUGCCUUGGAAUAUGUGCCAGGUCAGGAUAUUUUAGACAUUUGGUUUGAUAGUGGAACUUCGUGGUCUUGUGUUCUUCCAGGUACUGACCAAAGAGCAGAUUUGUACUUGGAAGGGAAAGACCAGCUUGGCGGUUGGUUUCAGUCUUCCUUAUUAACGAGUGUGGCAGCAAGGAAAAAAGCACCAUUUAAGACAGUGGUUGUUCAUGGUUUUACCCUUGGAGAAAAAGGAGAAAAGAUGUCCAAGUCUCUCGGNCAAAACCUAAUUGGAAUUGAAAGCCAUUCUAUUUAUAUAUUUUUUCUCAAUAAAAAGGAUCAAAGCAAAGAGCCUCCCUAUGGCGCUGAUGUCCUUCGCUGGUGGGUAGCUGAGUCCAAUGUCUUCGCUGAAGUGACAGUUGGUCCAUCUGUGCUCAGUGCUGCCAGAGAUGAUAUUAGCAAGCUUAGGAAUACACUCCGAUUUCUUCUGGGAAAUGUGGCUGGUUUCAACCCAGAAACAGAUGCCAUCCCUGUUAACAACAUGUAUAUAAUAGACCAGUAUAUGCUACACUUACUGCAGGACUUAGCAAACAAGAUUACCGAAUCAUAUAAACAAUAUGAUUUUGGAAAAGUUGUUCGGCUCUUACGAACGUUUUACACCAGAGAACUUUCUAACUUUUAUUUCAGCAUAAUCAAAGAUAGGCUUUAUUGUGAAAAGGAAAAUGAUCCCAAACGACGCUCCUGUCAGACAGCAUUAGCUGAAAUUUUGGAUGUAAUAGUUCGUUCUUUUGCUCCCAUUCUUCCUCACUUGGCUGAAGAGGUAUUCCAGCACAUACCUUACAUCAAAGAGCCCAAGAGUGUUUUUCGUACGGGGUGGGUUAGUACAAGUUCUAUCUGGAAGAAGCCUGGCUUGGAGGAAGCAGUGGAGAGUGCGUGUGCGAUGCGAGAUUCAUUUCUCAGAAGCAUUCCUGGCAAGAAUGCAGCUGAGUGCAAGGUUAUCAUUGUGAUAGAGCCUGGACUGCUUUUCGAGAUCAUAGAGAUGCUACAAGCUGAGGAGACGUCCAGCACCUCGCAGUUGAAUGAAUUAAUGAUGGCUUCCCAGUCUACUUUACUGGCUCAGGAGCCACGAGACAUAACUGCAGAUGUAAUUGAGCUUAAAGGGAAAUUUCUCAUCAAUUUAGAAGGUGGUGAUAUUCGUGAAGAGUCUUUAUACAAAGUCCUUGUCAUGCCAGCUACCAAAGAAAAAUGCCCUCGUUGUUGGAAGUAUACAGCUGAGUCUUCAGAUACUCUCUGUCCCCGAUGUGCAGAAGUUGUCAGUGGAUAAUAGUACUAUGAUGUUAAUAGCUCUCUCUGAAUAAGAACCCUCCUGACAGUACUGACUGGGAGUUUAAAUGGAUUGUUUACAAUAUUGGAAAGAAAUCCAAGAUUUAGGUAAUGAGUGGGAGAGUAAAUGGUGGAGGGUGAGGGUCAAAAUCAGAUCAUAAAAUAAGUAUUUCCUGUAACUAGAGAAAGAAUAAUGUAUAUGUAUACAUGUGGCAACAUAUAUGUGUGUAUGCACAUGGAUUUAUAUAGAUCCAUAAUGGACUUAUUCAGAACAUAAGACACUGAAUAAUGCUUGCCUUCAAAUGUGGCUGAGCAGAAGAAAAUGUUUUAUAUUCUGUAAAUCUUUUUCACUCAGUAUUUAAGUUCUAUGAGGUCUGAAAAUAAAGGCAUUCUGGAAAACUA